UGAAGACUGGACGACCCACGGGUCUCCAGGGCUUGGGGAAUCCUCCGGGUUCCCGGGUUUCCCAUCUUUCCGUCCACACCUCCCCUGGUCGAGGGCUCUGGGGUUGCCCCGCCCACGUACCGCCCGCAGGCACCCGCGGGGCAGCACAGGGGCCGGUCCGGGCGGAGGUGCCGGGCCAGCCCUGGGCCCCGCCACCCGCACCCCACCCCCCGGUGCCGGUCCUCAGGUCCUCGCUACCUCCGGGCGCCAGGGCCUCGGGCCGGGGGAGGGGCCUGGCCGGCGGGCUCCCCGAGGCUGCGGGCGCCGCACGUGCGGGCGGGCGGGGAUCCCCAGCGCCGGGGGCGGGGCACCCGGAAGCGCGCGCGGACUUGCCACGCCGAGCCGGCGGGCAGGAGGACGGCGCGGAGGCGGGCGCGCUGCCCGGGCCGCGGCCGCCUGUGUUCACAGGUGGGCGGCGGCGGAGGCGCGGCGGAGCGGAGCCCGGGUCUCUGGGACUCCAGCCGUCACACCGAGAGCCCAGGGAGAAGAGCUGGGAAGACGCGUCCGCGCCUCGGGAGGAAUCAACCUUUCUUCCCCCCACCUGGGCCUCUUCCGCGGCAAUCGCACCUCGGCCCCGGAAUACAGGCGUUGGCGGAUAAUCAGAGACGUGGAUGUGUUUACAAGAUGUGAGUCGUGUUGUUUACACCUUUCCCUACUGAGGGCUUCCUUCCACCUCGUGACAGGUGGAAAUCAUGACACAGAAGGGCAGUAUGAAGCCAGUGAAGAAAAACAAAGCGGAAGAACCUGAAUUGGAGCCCCUGUGCUGCUGCGAGUACAUCGAUCGAAAUGGGGAGAAGAACCACGUGGCUGCUUGUUUGUGUGAUUGCCAGGAUCUCGAUGAAGGGUGUGAUAGAUGGAUCACGGGUAAAUCCGUGCCGCCGGAGACCUGUGAAAGAAUCAUGGAUACUAUUUCUGAUCGCCUCCGAAUUCCUGGGCUCAAGGGAGCCCAAAAAGUCAACAUUAGCAUCCUGCCCCCACUCAUCCUGCUGCCCGUCUUCCUGCGUGUGGCUUCCUGGCAUUUCCUCCUGGGGGUGGUGGUUUUGACCUCCCUUCCUGUGCUGGCUCUGUGGUACUAUUACCUCACUCACAGAAGGAAAGAGCAGACCCUAUUUUUCCUGAGCCUCGGACUCUUCUCUCUGGGUUACAUGUACUACGUGUUCCUGCAGGAAGUCGUCCCCAAAGGGCGUGUGGGGCCCACUCAGCUGGCUCUUCUUACCUGCGGGUUAUUCCUGAUACUCUUAGCCUUGUACAGAGCCAAGAAGAAUCCAGGCUACCUCAGAAAUCCAGCAAGCAGUGACAGAUCUCUAGGCAGCAGCCAAACUGAAAGCCUGAGCAGAGACGGGCAGGAGAAGACCAGAGGGCUCCCCGCUGCGGAAUCAGCUGGCAGCCUCAGCAACCGCACGCCCAGGGAUGAUCUUAAGGGCCCUUGCAGGGUGUCAGCUGGAAGUCCCGCCAAGGUGAAGGAGGACUGGUGUGCCAAGUGCCAGCUGGUGCGGCCGGCCCGUGCGUGGCACUGCCGGAUAUGUGGCAUCUGUGUCCGGAGGAUGGAUCAUCACUGUGUCUGGAUAAACAGCUGUGUUGGAGAAUCCAAUCAUCAAGCAUUUAUACUUGCCCUUUCGAUCUUCUUGCUCACCUCGGUGUACGGGAUAACACUGACCUUGGACACCAUUUGUAGAGAUAGAAGUGUCUUCACAGCUCUCUUCUAUUGUCCUGGAGUCUAUGCAGAUUACAGCUCGGCUCUGUCCUUCACCUGCGUGUGGUACUCCGUGAUCAUCACGGUGGGCAUGGCGUACAUCUUCCUCAUCCAGCUGAUCAACAUCAGUUACAACGUCACCGAGCGGGAAGUCCAGCAGGCCCUGCGGCAGAAGACGGGGCGCCGGCUCCUCUAUGGGCUUAUCGUGGACACAGGCCAGUACAACCGGGGCUUCCUGCGGAACUGGCACCAGUUCUCCACCCUGGGCAGCCACCCCUGCCACCACCCCGCCGAGGACAUUGUCUGAAGUGCCUUGCGUGUGGCCCUGUGAGGGGCGGCUCCCCCCACCGCUCCCUCCCCUCGUACACGUCGGCGUCUGUGCAGGGUGUGCGUUUUUCUCCCCAGUUUCUGAAAGGCUGUCUCGGGCCAUGCUCAGGUUUAGACACAGGACUGGGAAGAAAAUGAACUGUUCUGAUUUCACCUUAAGAGAUUUUUAUAUCGAAGCAGUAAAAGUAGAGCCAUUUUUUUCCAGUCACCUUGUUCACAAACUCAGUCGCCAGGGGCGGAAGAGGUUGUGGUUCCCAACACACAGAUUGGUAGAAGCCAUUCCCAUCUCUAGUGGGGAGAAAGAGUUUGGAUAAGGAUCGUUCCAAUCUCUCUUUCAGUUCCUGAUAGCCAUGUGACCCUUUGUUGAGUCACUUCCCUGAGUCUCAGGUUCAUCCGUGAAGUGGGGUACUGCUGCCUGCCUCGGCUGCCUCACAGUCGUGAGGGUCGUGCGAGGGACGAGGUGUGUGGUAAGCACUGGAAAACGACCGAAGCACCCAAGAGGGGUGCAGUGUUAUUAGAAAAACUCAAAGGCUGAGAAAAAUUUGUGUAGGUCAGAGUACUGAAGCCAGAAUUAUCCGAAUAAUCCAUUGUCAGCAUUUCAGAAUGAAAGAAAGCUCCUGAAAUACCACAUCGUACAGUUAUGGUAAUUUCUUUCUCUGAAGUCUUAGAUGCUAGCUAAUCUGAUGGGUUCUCACUGUCACCAGAUCCUGCAGGGACAGUCGAUAACAAUUAUAAUUAUCAGUAGUAUAAUAUACAGUGGUCAUGAGUUUAGGUGACGAGCCCUUUGAUUUAUCUCAUUUCUUCUAUAUUUAUUGUUUGGAUUUACUUUAACUCCAAACUCCAAAGGCAUUAUUGUUUUCUCCCUCUUUCCAUGUUUCACCUGGGAAGGUGCUAGCACACUUACGAUGAGGCUGGAAGAGGGAAACAGCCUCUGGGGGAACAAUUUACCCUCUUUCCUGGGUAGGGUGGCUGGUUAAUAUCAAGGGCUUUUUUUUUUUUCCCUCAUGUAAGUAAUGCAAACCCUACAGUGACAGCACUUUGUUGCAAAAACCAGUUUUGUGGCGUUUAUAUUCUUCUGGCAUGAACUCUCUAAGGGGUUGAUAGACAUCUUCCUGCUUGCACGUUACCUUUCAUUCACCUCGCCCUAGACAAAAUAUCUCACUUGGAGAGAAAAAACAGGCUAUAUAUGGUUUCCACUAAUUAAUGGAUUAUGGUUCUUCCCUAGCUCUUCCUAAAAUCGUAAGUUAUCUUUUUUAUCAUAUCUUGAAACUGAGAAUGUGUAAAAGAUUAAAUAUUUAUAGAGAAUGGGUCUGUUCUGCCAUAGACUUAGGAUGAGGCCAUUUCAGAUAGGAAAAAUACCCUCUUGAAAUAUUUGGUUUUAUUCAUGUUCUCAUUUUGCAGUUCCAGAGAAAAUUCAUGAGUCUUUAAGUUUGCUUUGGUUUAUACCUUAAUAUUGGGGAAAUAUUGCCGGCUUUUUCAGUCUGUCUGUGCAUGCUGCUGUCAUAAGACUUUUAUAAGUGUUGAGAGGAAAUACUGCUACUUCCUGUGGCUCUAUCCUCUGCUGCUGGCACCGUCCCUGUCCUGCCGUGAAACAAAGCUGUCCUUAAGACAGUCACCACACUUCUAUACAAGCUUGUCGCUGCUCUCCCCUGACAUGGAUCGUUUAAGCGGUGAGAGGCUCCCUAUUCCACUGGGAUGAGCCACAGAGCAAGUCUGGGGAUGUUAGCAGUCUGUGGUUUCUACAGGGAUGCCCUUGCUCUAGCCCAGAGUUGAGCAUUCAUUUGGAACUAACAUUGGGUCUGAUAGAACUAAUUCCUUUCUGCUGGGUUUGUGAGAGGAGAGAGAGAGAGGAAUAAUGUUAAGGACAGCACAUGUGGCCCGAGCUCUCUAGUCAUAGUCUCUUGAAUGCAGAUGUAUGGCCAACUCUGAUUGUCUCAGAGUUGAUGAUAGAAUUCAUGGAAACAAUAGUGUAGUCGGUAAUUUCAGCCUCUUGCCAGAUCUUUAACAACCAUCCAAAUAUGACCUGAUCAUAAUGAGUAGUACCCAAGAGACCACAGUCAUGUGGGAGAAUUAGGAAUGACCACCAUUUUUAUAACAGCACACCCCCCUCAUAGUUGAUCUACAUGGGGCCUCUCGGGUUCCCUCACCUGCAUAAGGACUCCCUGUUUGUUAUUCCCGCUGGUUGGGAUGAAGUUGCUUGUUUUGUUUCUUGAGAUCGUGAUCAGCAUUUUACAGAAGAAAGCUCAAACUUUUGAAAAGCUCCAUGGUUUUAUGGGGGUAAAAGCCUUUUGAAGUAUUUGCACCAGAAGGAGCAGCAAAUGGGGGGCUCUUUGUGAGCAGGGUUUCUGUGGGCCCCAGGACACUCUAAAUCUGGGCUCCUGGGUUCUUACACCUUUUUAUGACCUGGAACUAUUUGAGGAAUUUUGUCCUUUUAAAGACAGGGCCUCUGUGAACGAUUAAGCCCCAGAGAAACCUGUGGUGGCAGAGGUGGUAGCCGUGGGGGGAAUUGCUUUGCAAACUUAAAAACUGGCAGUUUGUUGGCCAGAGGCCAGUCUUCCCCCACCCGGCAGAAUUCCCUCCCCCCAUGCCCUUCUUCCUCAGCCUAUUAAUAGACAUAUUGAUAUGGAGCUUUAGCAAACCAUCCACUGUAUUCUGACCACUUACAUUAUGGUCAUGCCUUUGUGUACUAUUCCUGGGGAAAAGAAAUGGGUCCAUUCACAAGAUUUAAGGGAAAUAGUUGAGGAUCAGGAUUGCAUGAAAGGAGAAAAGUCCUUCAGUAUUUAGAAUUAUUUUUUAAUGAUACCCAAAGAGUACUUCAUGGUUAUAGCUGGGCCUACCUGAAAUGAACUGACCAUUAACAAGCCUUAAGUGAGUUUUGGGGACACUGCUGGUCAUCUCACCUCAGCCACCUCUGUGUCUGCUUAGGAUACUGGAACUCUUUGCCAUUCAAGUAGCAUUGUCCUUUGGUGAAUGAAGUAAUUGUUGUCUUCACUGUGCUACCUGUCUAGCAGAAAGAGUGCUGCAGACUUUCUCUUAUGCAAUAGUCCUUCGUACUUCUAAUAUUUUUAGUAAGAGAAAAUUUUCUAUACUAGAAUCUUCCACUGCCAGAAAACACAAUGCCAGUAAGGUUCACUAGAAUACUGACCAUCUGCUUCAUAGACUCUCUAGUAUAUUUCCUUUGACUAGGACAUAAGCUUUUUACUACAAAGCUCAACUAACAGAAGCAAAAAUGUGACCUCUAGAAGCACAGUUUUAACCAGGAUGUUUAACAGUGUUUUUUUGAAAUUUAAGGGUCUCUUUAAAUGAGGUAAGUAGGUUUAUAGGACUUCAUUUUAGCCAUAUUUAGGUACCCUGCAUUUGAAAAAAGAGAAUUUCCUCAAACAAGCAAGGGAGGAUAGAGACUUUUGCUUGAGGCACCUGUUUGGAAUCUGGUUUUCUCAUCAGCAGCAUGGCAAGUAUGCCAUUUUUUAUUAAACACUGCCAAGGCGAUGCCGGGGAAGGAGGAGAGCUCUGCUUAACUUAGUGCUGAACAAAAUUCCUUGUGUUCUUGUGGGUGUUUACUGUGAUGAACAGAAACUUCCUGCAAAGUCAGCUAGAUGUAAUCUUGUUGCUGACGGACUGCUACCACACUCGAGCUGGCACCCGGUGCUUCGCUGUAGUAGCAGCGGCGGCCAGGACUGAAUGGUUCGUGGAGACAGGUCUUUUAGAGGCUGCAGCUAUCUCCAGCUGUUUCCGAGUUGGGCUUUUGACUUCCUGCUACUCUAGCCUUCCUGGCAGCACCUUCUCUUCUAGGGAAUUCACGCUUCAAAGGCAAAGCUUUAAACCUGGAGCCAGUGGACUCUAGUUACCGAUGCAGCAAACAUCCUGCCUUUCUUCCCAUGGCACCACUGACCCAAUGCCGUGUUCUAGAACUUGCAGGCUCAGGCUGCUCUGAUCCUGUGAUCUGGGUGAUUCGAUGAUUUGCAUUGUUAGGGCUUUCGGGCCUUUUCAUUUGAUUACAUCUCUCAGUCUGAUUGUUAGGCUUAAGGAAACCCAGGGAUAUUUAAUGUUCAAUAUUUAAUGCACUUGGCCCGGCAACAUUAAAGGGGAUUCCUGACGCCAACUCUGGAGGCUGCGGGCUAGACAUUUUGCACUGUUUUUAUACUUGUAUUCGUAUCCUCUUAUCACCUCAGAUCAGACACAGGGCCUUUUAAAUGGAGAUUUAAAAAUUUAACUGCCAUUUAUGUAAAAUAAUGUACUGUGACCAAGUUGCUUAAAUGGAAAAUAAAGUGCUUUCUUUAAAGGAAA